AUGGCAAAGCUUUUUAUUUGGAGGGCUUGUAACGAAUUGUUACCCACCCGAUUGAAUCUAACUCGAAGGAAGGUCAUUGAGAUGAAGACGUGCCCUUGUUGUGAUGGUGAAGAAGAGGAUGCUCUUCAUGCACUAUGGUUGUGCCCAGCAGCAAAAGAUGUUUGGGGGAGCUCAUUAUCUUGUUUUCAAAAGUUUAGCUUUACAGGUCCAAACUUUCGUGGCUUAUUUUCCUAUUGCAUGGAGCGGUGUACAAAGGAGGAACUUGAGUUAAUGGCUGUAACUGCAAGACGGAUCUGGCUUCGUAGAAAUGCUUGGGUGUUUGAGCAGCGUUUUGAUCAUCCCAAUGCAGUUUUCAUCGAAGCUACAAAGUCAUUGAGGGAAUUUAAAAGCUGUAACGUGCAUGGUCAGGAAAAAAUGUUACCAGCAAGAAGGAAUGAGGCGCUUAACAGUAAACAACCAAUUUGGAUUCCUCCUCCGGAUGGAGUGAUCAAGGUGAAUUGGGAUGCCUCUUUGAAUGUGGCCAAGAAUUGGGUAGGUCUGGGAAUUAUAGCUCGAGACAGAUGUAUGGGAGCACGAAGUAUAACGCAUCAGGCAACGAUGGACCCAAAAAUGGCGAAGACAAUGGCAGCACUGGAGGCUUUGCAAUUUAGCAAAGAAGCAGGUUUUUGGGAUGUUGUUUUUGAAGGAGACGCAGCUCAAGUGGUCAAAGAAAGUGUCAAAUCCACCCUAUUUUUCUAA